AAAAAUAUUUAACUUAAAUUAACAAUACUAUUUUUACAAUAGUAUGGUAAUGGUUUGUUUUCGAUGUUUGGAAAUUAUCUGUUGUUGUUUAAGUAUUAAAUUUAAAAAUGCACUGUUAAAGAUUGCAUCUACUCCAAAAUAAGAUUUACAACAAUUAAUACAAUUGUUUUAAUAUAUCAAAAAGGAUUAAUAAAUGUCGAAAACGAUGGUUUUUAAAAAGGAUACCGAUUUUUUUUACAGUUGGAUAUUUCGUACAUUGUUGCAUUCAUUAUUAUUUGUUUUGCAAUUAAUUAUAUUAUACAUUUAUGUUAUUACAGUUUCGACGUGCAUGUAAUUGCGAUCAAUAAGAAUACAUGGAUAGUCUGAGCUCUGGGCUUUUGUUUUUCUCUGCGCCUUGGACCAGUUGCGGUUUUAGGCAACUUAUAAUGGUUACAUAUUUUUAGUUCAAAUAAGUACGAGUUUGGCUUAAGAAAUAAGAAAGCGGAAGAAAGAGAGAGAGAGAGAGGGGGAGAAAGAUAGGAAGAGAAAAGGUAUCUGAAAGGAAUCUGUUGUCGCCAAGUCCACUUGGGCUAGUCCUACAGGUGUUAUGGUAGACAGGCAUCCUAUUGAACUUCAGUUGUCUUAAAUCUUUAAGAUGUACCAAUAUAAAAAAGAUAUUUUUAUUUAUUAUGUAUGACUUCUUUGAAAACUAUAUGUAUUAUGUUCGUCACUCAGAUUACUGUAGCCGUGAAGUAAUUUUUAUUGAUAAUUUUACAUCAAGGAUACAUAUAUAUAUAUUCAUUUUUAUGUAACGUGUUUCUGAAACAAGUGUUUCGCAAGCCGCUUAGCCAUAUGUGUCUAAGUGUGUUUUAACCUUCCGGGUUAAAAAGAGUUUUAAAAAGAAGCAUAUUUCAAUAUCUGAACAAUAAAGAAAUAUUUGUAGAAAAACAAACCGGAGAUACAUGUUUAAUGUUGAUCUCAAUAAUUGAAUUUCACUUCGAUUGCCGUAUACAUCGUUUUAAUGUUUCUAAAACUUUGUCAUUUUUUAUCAAUUAUAUUAAACCCUUUAUGAAGCAUGUUCUAAUAAACAUACAUUUAAAAAACAAUUAUCAAAAAUAUAUGAGUAAUUAAUGGAUUCCAAUUUUCCAGUUUUAUUCCACUGUGAAAUCCACUGGAAUCCUGUGUUGUCACCCACAGCAAAUAUUGUGUUCAUCAUGGAGUACCCGGAUACCGUAAGCGUGUCUUCAAGUGGACAUCAGCAGCAACGUAAGGCUGUGAAAUUCUCGUCCACUUUCAGCACAUACAUGACAUUGCUGGGAUAUGCUCUGGGGUUUGCUGACAUUUGGAGAUUCCCGUUCCUGGUCUACAGGAAUGGCGGAGGGGCUUUUCUGAUACCAUUCGUUAUCAUGACGUUUGUUUGCGGAGUUCCGUUGUUUUUCAUGGAAUAUACGAUCUCAAAAUUCUCUGGAAGGGGGCCAUAUCAGGUCUGGGACUUCUGUCCCUUACUCAGAGGAGUUGGGAUUACUGUUUCGUUGGCGUACCUUUUAUACAUGAUCGGUUCAAGUAUCUUUCGAUGCUGGCUGUUUGAGUUUGUUUUUUAUUCAUUCUACAACCCAAUUCCGUUUCCAUCUUGCAAUAACCCAUGGAACACAAACACGUGCAUGAAUGGAACAUCUGACGUAGACUACAGUGCAUCUUCUAUGGUUAACGCUAAUAUGACUACCAUGAACAUGAAGGUUGAUGUGAGUACAUCCAAGAUCGAGAUACCAAGAAUGUCCGCUGCAGAGGAGUUUUGGCAGUUCCAAGCACUGAAAAUGUCAACAGGUAUCGACGAUUACUCGCAUUUUAUAUGGAAAUACGUCGUCAUGAUGCUCGUCUUUCGAAUAAUAGUGUCGUUAACUGUUGUCAAGAGUAUAAAAACCAUAGAAAAGGUGAUCUAUGUGACUCUUACACUCCCGUUUUUGUUUUCUGUGGCGUUGUUUAUCCGCUCACUUUUGUUGCCUGGAUCAGCAGAUGGAAUAUAUUUUUAUUUCUAUCCUAAUUUUGCAACGCUUUUGAAACCUGGGGUUUGGAUAGAAGCUACUUUGAUGGUGUUCUACUCGUUCGCCUUUGGAUGGGGAGCGAUUAUGGUAAUGGGAUCACAUGCCUUAUUUCGUGAUAAUAGCUACAGGACAACGAUUGUAAUAACUUUUACGGACUCAAUAGUUGCGAUUUUUAACGGAAUGGUUUGCUUCUCCGUUCUGGGCAACAUGGCUCACACUUACGGGAUGCCUAUCAGCGAGCUGGUCAAAGCAGGGUUUUCCACUGGUUUGGUAGCGUAUAUCACAGCCCUCAGCUCGUUGCCUUUGCCUCAGCUCUGGACAUUUCUAUUCCUAUUGUCAGGAAUCUUGACUGGGUUGGAAGCACAGAUGAUACCGAUUGAGAUGAUUAUUCAAGUAAUUGGAGACUUUUUUCCCAGGCUCAAGGCUGGGUUCCGUAUUCCCACGUUGAUUGUCAUCACUGUUGUCAUGUUUGUCCUAUCACUUCCGACGUGCACGGGCGCCGGGGCAUACAUUUUCCUGUUGAUUGACUGGUACGCCGGAUCAUGGACGGGUACAAUCGUUGCUUUAAUCGAGGUUAUAUCUAUUUCUUGGGUAUACGGAUUGGACCGUUUAAGUGAAGAUACACAAGUUAUGUUGGGUCGACCUCUCUAUGCAGUGUUUCGGUGGCUCCUCGCUUUCAUAUCGCCUGCAAUUGUGCUUGUGAUACUUUUCUUGAGUUGUGUGGAGUAUGUUCCUCCUAACUACGGGUCGUAUCAUUACCCUGGUUACGCCCAAGCUAUUGGGUGGGGAACGGUGGUGGUCACCGUGGCUCCGAUAUUUGGCUACGCUAUUCUCAACUUAUACCGUGCCAAAGGCACCGUUUCUCAGAGAAUCAGUUCCCUGUGUAGACCCACCGACACGUGGGGACCAUGCGGGGAUAGAAUGGAUUGCAACUACAGGAAGAACAAAAUCAAAUACUCGGAGAGAACAUUCUGGGAUCUGUUCUACUUCAAUGUGUUUGGUCGAUAUCCAAAGAAUUCAGCCAUUAAUUUAUUAUUGGAUCAUGAACUGACUAUUCUCAAAUCUUGAAAAAAUCAGUUUGCGAAAAACUUUUUUUGCAAGUCGCUUGAGAUCAAGUUGCAAAUCGGUCAAAUCACUAAAAUGUUGACCUUUCUAUCGAAAAUUAAAUAAGACAUGCCCAAUUAAGUGAACGAACAAAAUGUAUUUUAUUACGUUUUUGCAAUUCAUUGACUAUUACUACCGAAUAAAAUACGAUCUAGCCA